CUCAAUUUUACACCCGCUUCGUCCCACGUCGCCCGUUCUUUGCGAGUUGAAACGAGCUACUCUACUGUAUCUCCAGAACUGUACGAAAGAUAAGGGACAUACAUCAUCAUCGUUGCUCCUUCUUUGUCGUACUGUAAGCAACAUUGCCCUUUAUUACCAAAUAUCUCACACCACCCCACUUAAAUCCGAACAACCAAAGAAUUUGUCGAGAAUAAAUACCUGACCUGUAUCUCCGUAUCACAAGCUGUUGCGUCUUGCCAUUGUGAGAGAGAAAACAAAGAAAACCCCCAUGACUUCACGCCUACGACUCGCUGCCAUCACCAAACAGAUUUCGUCCGCCGCCUCCAAAACACAAUCCAAAACUUUGGCCAGCAUGUCUCACACUCAAUCCGCAGCAUGUAAGAACACUCGUUUGAUCAACAUGCAGACGUCUGAGAUAUACAAGUUACUAAUCUCCUUUGAUUUAUAAAAAAACACCAGGCUGCAACACACCGGCAGUAGUUAGCACAGGAUAUGUGAGUUCUUUCUUUUGAAUCCAAAACCCAACCCAUCAUCAUCAGCAUCAGCAUCAGCGACGACAACAAACAGGGCAAUUAUUAUCAAUGCUGACCUCCACUCUCCAAAGCAUGAGAAAGGUCAAUACAUUACCGUGGAUGGCAUGAAAACUUACACCACCGGUCCUUCCUCUGCGAGCCAGGGAAUCUUGGUUGUCUAUGACAUCUUUGGUUUCUUCUCACAGACGCUUCAAGGGGCCGACCUCCUCGCCCACUCGGACAAGGACCACCAGUACAAGGUGUUCAUGCCGGAUUUCUUCGACGGCGAACCGGCCGACAUCUCCUGGUACCCCCCACAGACCGAGGAACACGGCAAGAAGCUGGGGGAAUUCUUCCAGACCAAGGCCGCCCCGCCCAAGACGGUCGCCAGGGUCAAGAGUGCCAUGGAAGAACUCAAGUCGACCAACCCGGGCAUCAGGGAUUGGGGUGUGGUUGGAUAUUGUUGGGGCGGUAAGAUUGUCAACCUGGUCUCGGGAUCCGACACGGUCUUCAAGGCCGCCGCGGCGUGUCACCCCGCCAUGGUGGACCCCAACGACGCGCCCCAGGUGACCAUCCCCAUGUGCAUGAUCCCCAGCAUGGACGAGGACGAGUCGGAGGUGUCCCAGUACGAGUCGAAGUUGACCGUCCCGAAGGAGAUCGAGUGGUACAAGGACCAGAUCCACGGGUUCAUGGCGGCGAGGGCCGAUUUGGAGGACGAAAAGGUCAGGGCCGCCUACGAAAAGGCCUACCGGACCCUGCUCAACUUUUUCCACAAGUACUUGUGAACGAGUUUUUUGCAGGGACACGCCAAAAGGGCGGGACCAGGGAGGGAAAGUAGGAGUGUUUAAAAUUGUCCGGAAAGGAGUGAACCAUCUAAGCAAAACAGACUCGCCUUCCAAGAUCGCCAAUUGUUUAGUCAUUCAUCGACCCAUGGAUGUGUAAAUGAAAAGAAACAAUAAACAUCCAGCCUAUAAGUCGUCACGACCAUGCAUUUACU